AUGACAGCAAAGCAGAUAUUGGAAGUCAUUCAGAAAGAAGGGUUAAAAGAAACAAGUGGAACUUCUCCAUUAGCCUGUCUGAAUGCAAUGCUUCACACUAACACUCGAAUAGGGGAUGGAACAUUCUUCAAAAUCCCUGGAAAGUCAGGCCUCUAUGCUCUCAAAAAAGAGGAGUCGUCAGGCCCGGCUGACGGAACGUUGGAUUUAGGCUGUGAGUCUGAACUGGAUGGCACAGAAAUGGCAGAGGCCAGUGCCAAUGGAGAAGGAAAUGGAGUUUGUGCAAAGCAGGUAACUGAUGAAGCAUCUUCCACUCGAGAUUCAAGCCUUACUAACACAGCAGUGCAAAGCAAAUUAGUGUCUUCCUUUCAGCAACACACCAAAAAGGCUCUUAAACAGGCUUUGAGACAGCAGCAGAAAAGAAGAAAUGGAGUCUCAAUGAUGGUAAACAAGACUGUUCCUCGUGUUGUUUUGACACCAUUAAAGGUGUCUGAUGAGCAGUCGGAUUCGCCUUCAGGAUCUGAAUCUAAAAAUGGUGAAGCAGACAGUUCAGAUAAAGAAAUGAAACAUGGGCAAAAAUCUCCCACUGGAAAACAAACAAAUCAGCACUUAAAACGAUUAAAAAAGUCUGGUUUAGGACACUUGAAAUGGACCAAAGCUGAGGACAUUGACAUAGAAACUCCAGGAUCUAUUCUUGUCAACACUAACUUGAGGGCAUUAAUAAAUAAACAUACAUUUGCUUCCUUACCUCAGCAUUUUCAACAAUACCUCCUGCUUUUACUCCCAGAAGUGGAUAGGCAGUGCAAACCCAUGAGGGCUUUUGAGCAGAGCUAUAAUGUAAUAAGAUCAGUCCUUUUCAAGAAAAUGCUUCUGGCAGUACUAAAAAGGAAUGUUAGGGGUGGGAAACAUGAAAGAGAAUUUACUCCAGAAAUGCAAUUGCGAAUAAGGCAAGAAAUUGAGAAGGAAAAGAAAACGGAACCUUGGAAAGAAAAAUUCUUUGAAAGGUUUUAUGGAGAAAAGUUGGGCAUGUCAAGAGAGGAAUCUGUAAAGCUCACAUCCGGACCAAACAAUGAGGGAGCUGAAAGUAGUUCUUCAUGUGGAACAUCUGGGCUUCCAGGCCUUUCUGUACAGACUCCCUUGGAAGAACAACACCCAAAAAGCAUGAAAAAUCCAGCUUCUCCAGAGCCUGAUUUCUGUGCUACACUUUGUCCUAUGGUAGAUGUAGGUAAAGAUGUAAUGGUAGAAUCAGAAUCUGAGGAUAUCUUGAUCUCUGAAGAAUCUGUAAUUCAGGAAGAAAUUGCAGAAGAGGUAGAGACUAGUAUCUGUGAAUGCCAGGAUGAAAAUCAUAAGACAAUCCCUGAAUUUUCUGAGGAGUCUGAAAGUCCUACCAACUCUCAUGAAGAACCCUCAAUAGCACCUCCUGAAGAUAAUCUGGAAUCCUGUGUUAUAAUGAAUGAUGUUUUAGAAACUUUGCCUCAUAUUGAAGUUAAGGUAGAAGAGAAGUCAGAAUCUCACCAGGAAGAAAUGUCAGUUGUUAUUGAUCAGCUGGAAGUAUGUGACUCUUUUAUUCCUUCCACUUCAUCUGUGACUCAUGUCAGUGACACAGAACAUAAAGAGCCAGAAACCACAGUAGAGACCAAUACUCCAAAACCAAAACCAGGGUCGUCGUCUUUAGAAGGACAAUUUCCAAAUGAAGGAAUUGCUGUAGAUAUGGAGCUACAGAGUGAUCCUGAUGAACAGCUUUCUGAAAACGCUUGCAUCUCUGAAACUUCCUUCUCUUCUGAGAGCCCAGAGGGAGCCUGUACCAGUUUGACAUCCCCAGGAGGGGAAACCCAAUCCACUUCAGAAGAAUCAUGUACUCCAGCCUCUCUUGAGACAACAUUUUGUUCUGAGGUGUCCAGCACUGAAAAUACAGAUAAAUAUAAUCAGAGAAAUCCCACUGAUGAAACCCUUCAUGUUUCUUUGAUGUCAGAAAUAUCUCCAAUAUCCACUUCACCUGAAAUAUCAGAAGCAUCUUUAAUGUCCAAUUUACCGUUAACGUCUGAAGCAUCCCCAGUUUCUAAUUUACCUUUAACAUCAGAAACAUCACCCAUGUCUGAUUUACCUUUGACAUCAGAAACCUCUUCAGUGUCUUCCAUGCUCCUCACAGCUGAGACCACUUUUGUAUCUAGUUUGCCACUUCCUUCAGAAACAUCUCCAGUUUCUACUUCUUCCAUGAAUGAAAGAAUGGCACAUCAGCAAAGAAAGUCCCCUCCUGUAACUGAAGAACCACUCUCACCACAGAAAGAUGAAUCUUCUCUCCCCACUAAAUCUCUGGGAGAGAGCCUUCACUCUCAGCAAAAGACUUUAUCAAACACUCCUGAAGUUAUAAAAAUAGGUUCUUCCACUACUCCUGAGGCAUUUCCCUCUGAAGAAUUACACAAUAAGACCUUGAGUCAACAGUCUUGUAAAUCACAUGUUGAAACUGAGAACUCCUACCCUGUUUCAAUUUCAGAACUUCCUUCAACAGAAAUGAUAAAAGUUAAAAACCAUAAUAUCCUACAACGAACAGACAAGAAAGGGGUGUCCUCACCGUUGGAAUUAUCUGUCUUUACUGAGGAGUCUGAAAGUAAGGGAAGUGAGCAUCCAUCAGUCAAAUUACAGGAUAAGCAAUAUGUUCCAUCAGUGGAUAAGCCUUCAUUUUCAGAAGGCUCUAGGAAUAAAACACAUAAACAAGGUUGCUCACAGAAUCGAUUGGAUACCUCACAUAAUCCCAAGUCUUCGGAGCUCUCCAAGUCACCUGAAGGCAUAAGAAAUGAAAAUAGAGAAUCUGAGAUAUCCAAGAGGAAAACUGCAGAGCAGCAUAGCUUUGGAAUAUGCAAAGAAAAGAGGGCUAGGAUAGAAGAUGAUCAGUCAACCAGGAACACAUCAUCUAGCAACCCACCAGAGAAAGAACCGCCCCCAAGAGAGGAGCCCAGGGUACCACCUCUCAAGAUCCAGCUUUCCAAAAUUGGACCACCUUUUAUUAUCAAGAGUCAACCCAUCUCCAAACCAGAGUCCCGCGCAUCCCCUAGCACUUCCGUCAGUGGUGGGAGGAACACGGGAGCCAGGACCCUGGCAGAUAUCAAGGCUCGAGCCCAGCAGGCAAGAGCCCAGCGGGAGGCAGCUGCAGCGGCUGCUGUAGCUGCUGCAGCAAGCAUCGUUUCUGGUGCCAUGGGGAGCCCAGGAGAGGGAGGAAAGGCGAGGACCCUGGCACAUAUCAAAGAGCAGACAAAAGCCAAGCUCUUUGCAAAGCAUCAAGCCCGAGCCCACCUCUUCCAGAACACUAAAGAGUCCCGAUUGCCUCCACUCAGCUCAAAGGAAGGGCCUCCAAGCUUAGAAGUCUCUUCAACUCCUGAAACAAAAGUUGAAGGCUCAACUGGUGUCAUCAUUGCCAAUCCAAACUGUAGAUCUCCUACCAACAAGUCUGUGCACCUCCGGGAGACUGCCACUGUGUUUCAGCAGCCUCUUAACCCAAGCAAACUUCCAGAAACUGCCACUGACUUAUCUGUGCAUAGUUCUGACGAAAAUAUACCUGUGUCACAUUUAUCUGAGAAAAUUAUUUCAUCUACCUCUUCUGAAAAUAGCAGUGUGCCCAUGCUUUUUAAUAAAAAUUCUGUCCCCGUGUCUGUCUGCAGCACUGCUAUGUCGGGAGCAAUUAAAGAACAUCCCUUUGUGAGUUCUGUUGAUAAAUCCUCUGUUCUGAUGUCUCUUGACAGCACAAACACUACAAUUUCUGCUUGCAAUAUAAGCAUGUUAAAAACCAUCCAGGGGACUGAUACUCCAUGCAUAGCCAUUAUACCAAAAUGUCUUGAAAGCACUCCUGUUCCCGCCACUACCGAGGGCUCCAGUGUGUCAAAUUCCAUGGAUGACAAGCAGUUGCUCAUGUCAAGCAGCAGUGCCAGUAACUUAGUCUCCAGUCAGUACACCUCUGUGCCAACUCCCUCCGUUGGAAAUAACUUGCCAAACCAUCUCUCCACUAGCUCUGUUUUGAUUCCCCCAACGGGAAUUAACAACAGAUUUCCUUCUGAGAAGAUAACCAUGCCCAGGGAUGAAGAGCAGGCCUCGGCAUCCAUGGGUACCACUGUGAGGGCAGCCCUCAGCUGCAAGGAUUCUGUCACGGUCACAGACACUCUGGUUGCACGCCCACCCAUGGCAAUGUUUACUGGGAGCAUGCUGACAAUAAACUCUUAUGAUAGUCCUCCCAAGUUAAGUGCUGAAAGCUUGGACAAAAAUUCAGGACCUCGCAACAGGGCAGACAAUUCUGGGAAACCUCAACAACCUCCGGGAGGCUUUGCACCAGCAGCCAUCAACAGAUCAAUCCCUUGUAAAGUCAUCGUUGACCACAGCGCCACGCUGACCUCCACUUUGUCUCUGACUGUCUCCAUUGAAAGUGCUGAAGCCAGCUUGGACCUCCAAAGCAGAUCUGUGAGGACAGAAACACCCAUACAGCCCAUGGCAUGUCCUCAGGUAUCUGUCAUUAGCAGGCCUGAGCCAGCUGCAAGUGAAGGUGUCGAUCAUGGUUCUAGUUUCAUUGCUGCUUCUGCAGCAAAACAAGACUGUAAAACGAUGCAGGCCACCUGCACCAGUCUCCGAGAAGUACCCCUUGUUGUUCCAGACAAAUUAAAUGAGGUGACUAUCCCUAGCAAUAGCUUUGCUGAGCAGGCACGUGUCCCAACCACUUUCAAAAGUGAAGCAGACACAACCUGUAGCAAUCAGUAUAAUCCAGGCAACCGGAUUUGCUGGAAUGAUGAAGGGGUGAGGAACACAGGACAGCCUUUGGUCAGUCACUCUGGUUCAAGUAAACAGAAAGAAUAUCUAGAGCAAAGCUGUCCAAAGGCUAUCAAAACUGAACACGCCAGCUACUCCCACAUGUCAGAACUUCACCCCAGGAAUCUCAUAACCAACGUCGCUCUCCCUGUGAAAUCCGAACCUCUUGAAGUGGACAAGGGCUUCAGAAUGGACACUGAAGACUUCCCUGGCCCUGAGCUGCCUCCGCCAGCAGCAGAGGUAGCCCCUAGUGUGCAGCAGGCACCAAACGUGAAGGCUCCAACCUCUGGUCCGAUGGAAGAGGCCAUUUCCUUGGCUACAGACAACCUGAAAAGAGUUUCCAAUGCAGGGAGCUCAAGCUGUCGCCUGUCUUCAGUGGAGGCUAACAAUCCACUGGUGACACAGUUGCUGCAGGGCAACCUACCUUUGGAAAAAGUGUUGCCACAGCCCAGGCUGGGAGCUAAACUCGAAAUUAAUAGGCUUCCGCUGCCUCUUCAAACUACCUCAGUGGGCAAAAUAGCACCAGAGAGGAACGUGGUUGAAAUGCCUUCCAGCUCUCCAAAUCCAGAAGGAAAGGGCUACUUGGCAGGGACGCUUGCACCCCUACAAAUGAGAAAGCGAGAAAACCAUCCCAAAAAGAGAGUAGCCCGGACUGUAGGGGAACACACUCAAGUGAAAUGUGAACCAGGAAAAUUGUUGGUAGACUCGGAUGCUAAAGGGGUGCCUUGUGUCAUCAACACCAGCAUGAAUCAGCUGGGACAUGGCCAGCCAUUUAAGCAAGAGUGGCUGAACAAGCAUGCCAUGCAGAACAGAAUUGUUCACAGCCCUGAGGUCAAACAGCAGAAGCGACUGCUGCCCUCCUGUAGCUUCCAGCAGAAUCUGUUUCACAUUGACAAGAAUGGUGGCUUCCAUCCUGAUGCUGGUACCUCACACAGACAGCAGUUUUACCAAAUGCCGAUGGCGACCCGGGGCCCCAUUCCUACUGCAGCUCUGUUGCAGGCCUCUGCCAAGACCCCAGUUGGCUGUAAUGCAUUUGCCUUCAAUAGGCAUCUUGAACAAAAGGGAUUGGGAGAAGUUGCUCUCUCUUCAGCACCUCACCAGCUAAGGCUAAGCAACAUGCUGUCCCCCAACAUACCCAUUAAAGAAGGUGAUGACGUGGGAGGGGCUGCACACCCAAUGCCAAACAAAGCACUAGUGCACCCUCCACCCCCACCACCACCUCCCCCUCCGCCCUUGGCUUUGCCCCCUCCUCCCCCACCACCACCUCCACUACCUCCACCUCUUCCUAAUGCCGAAGUCCCACCAGAGCAAAAACAACCACCAGUUACCAUGGAAACCACUAAGAGACUUAGUUGGCCACAGUCCACGGGCAUAUGUAGCAAUAUAAAAUCGGAACCUCUUUCUUUUGAGGAAGGUUUAAGCAGCAGCUGUGAACUGGGCAUGAAACAAGUUUCCUAUGACCAGAAUGAAAUGAAAGAACAGUUAAAAGCAUUUGCGAUAAAAAAUGCAGAUUUCUCUUCCUAUUUGCUUUCUGAGCCACAAAAGCCUUUUACCCAAUUAGCUGCUCAGAAAAUGCAGGUGCAGCAACAACAGCAGCUCUGUGGAAAUUAUCCAACAAUACACUUUGGGAGCACGAGCUUCAAAAGGGCAGCAUCUGCAAUUGAAAAGUCUAUUGGGAUUUUGGGAAGUGGCUCCAACCCUGCCACCGGCCUGCCUGGUCAGAACGCUCAGAUGCCCGUCCAGAACUUUGCCGACAGCAGCAAUGCGGAUGAAUUGGAACUGAAAUGCUCUUGCCGGCUGAAAGCCAUGAUUGUGUGCAAAGGCUGUGGGGCCUUCUGCCACGAUGACUGCAUAGGUCCUUCAAAACUCUGUGUAGCUUGCCUGGUUGUACGAUAGGAGCUGAAUGCAAGGUGCAGUAUCCCUUUUCAACACGGAAAAGCCAAAUGGCAUCUACUGCAACAAAUUGAAUAACUCGGUGGUUUAUAGCACGCUAAUUUAUUUUCCUUUGGAACAGAU